AUGGACGUUCUACACCUGAGAUUCUACGAGGAGACAAGUCUCUCCAAUCGGAACGAGGGGAAACAAGUGUGUAAUGAAACAGUGGAGUUAUCGGGCAUCAUGCUCUCCUUGCUCUGUCUGAACUCUGCUCUCGGCGAAUGUUUGCAGAUAUCUCAGAUCGAGAUGUUGUGGCAGAAGAGGCGCACGACCAUCGUGACGUCAAAGUUCCACGGAGGAGAGAGGGUUCUUCAUUUCGAAGGGCAGAGCGAGCAGCAGCCGGCGGAUCAAAGAGGAGCACGACUAGAUUCUUACAGCUUCUGCCAAGGAGCUCAUCCGUAUCAACUUGUUUGCCUGCACCACUCCCGAGCUAACACCUUCAUGCUACAGACUCUUGAGGGCAAAUCCUCUUGCACGUGCAAGGAGGACCCUGGGCGAUGUUUGCCUGCUCUGUCCUCUGCGGGCAAGGAGUGUGUUGCUAUGAUUCGCGACUCAGGUCUCUCGCUGCAAUCUAAUUGCACCUUGGUAGCCACCCAUGUCGGGGGGCUGUCUCCAGAGGAGCCUGCGGAGGACGGCAUCACUGCGAUGCACUGCUCGACGUUGGUUAUUCGGUACAGCACCCUCAGGGGUAUCGGGGCGAGCAAGAGGAACGCAGCACAGUUCUUCGCUCCAGCUCAAGUUGAGCAUCUUGCCGAGGUGAUUGCGAGGGACCCGCCGCCGAUCAACGACGGCAGCCAGGCAUGCGCGGAGAUUUCUCUCAGUCCCUCUGAUGCGCCUCACAAGGAAGUCACCACGCUGCAAAUUGUUCAUCGAGGGAAGGACCAGGACAGCAAGGUAGCAAGAGCAUGA